UUCAUAGUAAUCAGUAAGCUUCAUGAACUAUAAAAAGGUUAUAAAAGAUCAGCAUGACUGCACAUUUGAUUGACAGUAUCAAUGUGUUUGUUCAAACAGGAUACAAUGCUAAAAAGAAAGCUGAAAACAUCAUGAAAGAUGUUGGGGUGAAACAAUUUGUUGAAACCAAGCUUGGCUCUUUGCUUGGUUUAAUAUCUGCGUAUGAAAACCUGUUCUGUGAAACUAAAUCUUGCAACAGAGCUGCAUUAGAUAAAACAUUACAAGUGUUAUAUCGGCAACAGAGUGCUGGGAAUGAAGCUGUGGAAAGUUUACUCACCUUUGAGGAAGAUUGGGAUAAGUUAUUAGAAGAAAUUGAUCAAUCUAUGUUUGGUGAAAUAAGCACCCCAACAUUAGCAGUUGGAGACAAGAUUCCUGAUGACAUAACUCUGAUUAAUGCAAGGACUAAAGACACUGAGGCAUUUGAUGGUAACCUGCUUUUUUCAAGCAACCAUAGAAACUGUCUUGUCAUUCUUUUGCGACACUUUGCAUGACUGCCAUGACGAAAACAUGUGACAGAAAUACAAGAAAAACAAGAUGAAUUUAGUCAAUUGAAAUGUUCCAUAAUCCUUGUUUCCUUUGGGGAAGAAGCUGGUGCUGAUCUGUGGUUGAAAGAAACAAAGUUUUCAUUUCCAAUGUACCUGGAUAAACAAAGAAAAAUUUAUUCUGCGCUUGGUCUUGGCCGCUCUGUUGCAAAGGUGUAUAACUGCAAUGCACUAUCAUUGUAUGGACUUGCAAAGGCAACAUUUGAAGAGAUUCCAAAACAAUAUAAAGAUAUUCAUGAUGACCCUCAACAGCUUGGUGGAGAUUUCAUUGUAUCAUUGGCAGAAGAUAAUCAAACAAAGUUUUCUUUUAUUCAUCGCAGCGUAGACUCUGCAGAUCGUCCAAAACUUACUGUUUUAUUGGAUGCUCUGAAAAAUAUGAUGUAAUUUUUUUAUUUUUUUAUAACUGGUGUGUUUGGUUCGUGUCUAAAUGAACAUUUUUUUCCAAAGCGUAAGACGAAGAAAAUGUGAAGUGUGACAUGAAUUAAAUAUACACCGUUUUUUUUUUAAUUUUAAAUAAAUAAACACACCUCAAAAUUCCUAAUUAAAUAUAAACCCUUUUUUUAACAACUAAAUAUACAUCCUUUUCAAGAAAUAAAAACAAAUAUGCACCUUUUUCAAGAAAUAUUAUGGAAUAUAUGGAUUCAUAAUCACGUUUAGAAUUUGAAUAUCAUUUUGUUUUCAAUUUUAGCCAGGAUUUUAGAUAAAAUAUAUGACCUGAUUACAGC